UGCUCUCUUCACAUCUCUCCAGUGCUUUAUCAGAUCCCACUGCUUUCUAGUCUCUGUGUCCUCCAUCUCUUCAUCAUCAUGAGUUACUACAUGCCUCAGGCCUCUCACACCUCGUUCACUCGCUCUGUGCCAACUUCAUAUCGUGCUGCCAGCACGUAUGGAGGAGCAGGAGGCUAUGGCACCAGGAUCUCCUCAGCCUCCUCUUACGGCAGCCUGCGCUCGGCACCUCCAAGCUCGUCCAUCUCUGCCUCCUCUGCCUAUAAGGUGAGCUCUGCAGGCUUGGGCACUGGAGCGGGUACAGGAGCAGCUGUCUUGGGCAAUGAGAAAGGUCAGAUGCAGAAUCUUAAUGAGCGGCUGGCCUCUUACCUGGAGACUGUGCGCCGGCUGGAGCAGGAGAACAGCGUCCUGGAGCGAAAGAUCCAAGAGGCCAUGGAGAAAGCUGGGCCAGACGCGCGUGACUUCAGCAAGUACAAUGGCAUCCUGGAUGACCUGAGGAGGAAGAUAUUUGAUGCCACCCUUGACAAUUCCCGCCUUGUUCUCCAGAUUGACAAUGCUCGACUGGCUGCAGAUGAUUUUAAAAUUAAGUUUGAGAAUGAGCUGUCCAUCCGGCAGUCUGUGGACGCAGAUAUUGCAGGGCUGAGGAAAGUCAUCGAUGACACAAACAUUGGUCGUAUAAAUGUUGAGAGUGAGAUUGAAGCCUUGAAAGAAGAGCUUGCCUACCUAAAUAAAAACCAUGAAAAUGAAAUUGCAGACCUACGUAAUCAGAUUACACAGUCAGGCGUGCAGGUAGAUGUAGACGCUCCAAAGGGGCAGGACCUGUCUCAGGUCAUGGAGAACAUAAGAGCAACUUAUGAGAAACUGGCACUUCAGAAUGCAGAAGAACUGAAAAGAUGGCAUGAAAACCAGAUGGCAGACGUUCAGGUGCAGGUGUCCCAGAAUACAGAAGCUUUACAGGGAGCUCAGAUGGAGAUGAAUGACCUACGAAGACAAAUUCAGACACUGGAGAUAGAGCUAGCAUCACAACAAAGCCUGAAAGCAUCCAUGGAUGACACACUGAGAAACACAGAACUGCGCACAAAUGCUGAAAUGGAAAAAUACAACAACGUCCUCAUGCAGCUAGAAGCAGAACUGGGACAACUUAGGGCAAAGAUAACCGAGCAGGGGCAAGAGUACGAAGCUCUGCUUAACAUGAAGAUGAAACUAGAGGCAGAGAUAGCCACCUACAAAAAACUUCUGGAUGGAGAAGAUCUGGAGCUCACAGAUGCAUUGGAUUAAAGAAACAUAGCAACAUUACAUACUGAGAAAUAAAAAUGAAAAGGGUUUUAACCACAGAACUUAUUUCAAAUGUGAAAAUCUAGCAAUAGGAUAAAAAUAACAAUAAAGUUUCAGUCUUUUCAA